AACUCGUCAUGCUGGAAGCUCUCUUUUCAACCACCCAUCUCUCGCUCCCUGUCUCUCUCUCAAACACACACAUUCAUCUUUCUCUUCCUCGGCAACGAAAAACAGGCACCACCUUUCCUAACAUCAUAAACAUAAACCCUUUCUGAGAAGCCUCUCUUUCAACUAAUUUAGUUUGUACGGUUUGGGAAACUUCACGCUGCACAAUGCAUGCGUUGCUCUGUAAUUUUUCUACUGCUUCGUAUUAGUUUGUACGGUUGGUAAUGAGAAAAUUAAGAAGUUUGGUUGCUUUGUUUUAAGUAAGGGGUUUAAUGGGUGGUGAAGAUCAUAGCAGCUGGGUGAUGGUACCGCCACCAACGUUAGCUCCAUUGAAUAUGGAGAGGGAAGAGCACUGGAGGCAUUUUGAUAACUCGGUGAAUGCUGUGUCGUUUGGCUUCGUAGCCACUGCUAUUCUCAUAUCAAUGUUCCUCGUUAUGGCUAUUUUCGAGCGAUUUCUUCGGCCGAGAUCAUUGCCAUCUGGUUCCGACUCUCAUACUGAUCUCGAGGCUCAGAUGGUGUUCAACGGCAAGCUUAAUUACCCUUCUCCCAAAAUGACAGUGUAUACUAAAGGGAUAUCAGUGUUGAUGCCUGGUGAGCAAAUUCCUACCUUCAUUGCACAUCCAGCUCCACCACCUUGCCAUCAAGAGCGCUUCUUACUGCCUCUCAAUCACCAUAACCAUUGCUUCAAUUCUAUCUCAACCUCAAUCACUACUUUAAAUUCAACUUCAGUUGAAAACAAUUGAAAAAACUAAUGGGUUGCUUUGGUUCCAAUCCAAAAAGAUUUUUCAAUAUUAUGUCACAGUUUGAAGAUUUGGGAUACAAUAUUUAGAAAAGAAAACAUCUUACUUCUAUGGUUUUCCAGAUUUUUAAACUCACUCUUGAUUUUUUUAGAUUGGAUUAAAACAAAUGUUUCAGAAAACACUGCUGAUUAAUAUGUUUUCUUCAGACUGUAUUGUAUCCCUGCUUUAAAAAACAGAAGGUUGUAUCUAGAUAGAGAACCAACCUUCCAAGUUUUUUAUAAGGUAUUUUCUGAUUCAGUUAAUUUAGUACAGUGAAUGUCAUAUGUUAAAAAGGUUAGAAGGCCAUUGAGUAAAAGAGAAACCGAGGCUGAAUUUAAGUGCAAUUUGUCACAAACAGCCUCAGGCUUGCUCUA